UCGCGCAGCCGGCAGAGCAGCUUUAGCGCUGACAAGGAAGCGGGGAGGAGAAGGUUGGGAGGCGGCGGCGUGCGCUGCUGGGUGUCCCGCCAGGUGUCCCACGGGCGCUCCUGACCCAGUGUACGACUGGGCUCAGUGUCCGCUUCCCACCCUCCCUCGCCGGGGCCGCGCGGGCUCAGUGUAAACCUCCCCCCAAGAUGGAGGCUUCUGGAGGCAUGGUGUCCACUCCCAAAGCACUGCCCUACUUUGUGGCUGUCUCCCAGAUUCUGGGCCUGACUGUAGUGGCUGUGACUGGGGCAUGGCUUGGCCUCUACCGUGGUGGCCUUGCCUGGGAGAGUGCUCUUCAGUUCAACGUGCACCCGCUCUGCAUGGUCAUAGGCAUGGUGUUCUUGCAGGGAGAUGCACUACUAGUCUACCGGGUCUUCAGGAAUGAGGCCAAGCGCACCACAAAGAUCCUGCAUGGGCUGCUACACAUCUUUGCCCUUAUCAUCGCUUUGGUUGGACUGGUGGCUGUGUUUGAAUAUCACAAGAAAAUGAAGUAUGCCGAUUUGUAUAGUCUGCAUAGUUGGUGUGGGCUCCUUGUCUUUAUCCUCUAUUUUGUACAGUGGCUCAUAGGCUUCAGCUUCUUCCUGUUUCCUGGAGCAUCAUUCUCCCUUCGAAACCGAUAUCGCCCCCAGCAUAUCUUCUUUGGUGCCACCCUCUUCCUCCUUUCUGUGGGCACAACCCUGCUGGGUAUCAAGGAGGCGCUGAUAUUUGGGCUCAAGAACAAGUACAGUAUGUUCCAUCCUGAGGGCAUCUUGGCUAACAUCCUGGGCCUGCUGCUGAUCUGCUUUGCGGUGGUUGUGCUCUAUAUCCUGACUCGAGAGGGCUGGGCUCGGCCACGCCGGGCCGAGGAGCAAGCGCUCUCCAUGGACUUCAAGACCCUGACAGAAGGGGAUAGCCCCAGCUCUCAGUGAUGGCUGCAUCUGGCCAUGACAGGGUGGGAAGUGGGUAUGUGGUGAGGAGCCUCUUCAGUUCCAUGUGUGUCUUUUUAUUCCCUUCUCCCUUGUUGUGGUCAUCCUGCCAUCCAUCCCUUUGGGAAAUCUCAGAAUGCCACUGAAGCUACUCCUGGGCAGUAGCAGGAAACUAAGGUAAAGGUGCCCUAGAACAGAUGCUGGGGGUUAGCCAGUGGAAUGAAUGGUCUGAAUGCUGCUCAGUGUUUGUUUAUUAACCCUGGUGGCCGGGGGCUUGCCCUCCCAUUAACCUUUUGCUUUUCUUCUCCAUACCCUGCCUCUUGGCAAAAUUAGCAGCAUGCCCACCUUGUGCAGUUCUUCCUGCCCCCACAGAACUAGCCCAGAGUGAGGAGGAUUGCAGAUAGAAGAUGAAGGAUCCUAUAAGAGACGUACCUGUCAGAAAGGUGGUUCACCUUUCAGGUGCUCAGUUAACACGGUCUUUUAGAGCUUAAAGGGAAACAUCAUUAUUUUACAGCUGUGGAAAGUGAGGCUUAGCUUUGAAGUGACUUGCACUAUUGUGCCACACGAUUGGCUCUUCUGGUGUCUUUAAAGCAAUGGUUCUAAAACUUUUGGUCUCAGCACCCCAUUACUCUCUUAAAAUGGUUGAAGACCCCCUAAAGAACUUUUGUCUUUUUGUGGGUCAAAGCUGUGAUCUUAACUGUAUUAGACAUUAAAAUGCUUUGCUAUAAUGAAAAUACCUCAUGACAUUUGACCUGAAAGAGUCUCAGGGACCAUUGGGGUCCCUGGACCACACUUUAAGAACCAAUGCUCUAAAGUAAACAGAUAUUUUCAAGAAAAGUCCCCUGUUAGGGAACUAUGCCUGGCUUCUGGUUUCCUUGGCUAGAAGUCUGACUUUGGGAGACGCUGUAGAGCUCUGUAUUGCUAAGAUAGAGGUUGGUGUUAGAUGAUAGAUGAUGAUAGAUGCUGGGCCUAGCAUUGAGGACUACAGCCAGAGAGGCCACUCUGGUGGCUGGAAGCUGGGGAGAAGCACCAGGGGCCUCAGAUAUUAGUAAUUAAACACCAAAGCCCAUUCUCUGUGCUCACACCGAAGUCAAACCAAACAUUCAGCCAUUCCAAACAAAGCGUCAGCCUUUGGCAGUGGGAAACAAUUGAGAUCACAUGGAAAACAUAUUUGUGCUCAGUGCUCAGGGCCAAGUUAUGGGCUUGAGACUUGUUCUUUUCUUUGCUACCCACCCCCAGGACUGCAGUGAUGAUGGGAAGGUGUCAAUAUGUCUUUGAUUUUUACACAGGAUACUGAGCUCCUAAACUAUAGCUUUCUCUCCUUAAAGAAGACAGGUCUGAUAGGGCGUGGGUACCAGUUAUAGGGCUUUACUCACAUGCUAGGGAGAUAGGUUUUCUUGUAGCCUGCCUGGGUCUGGCCUAGGAAGGUGCUAGAACUCCUUUUCCUCUCCCCUGGCCUGGGCAUUAGGGAGAGGCUGGCUAUUUGCCAAAUAAGGUCGAGACUGCCCUGAAAAGAGAGGCUGGGGUCACAAACCCCUUGAUCUUAAAUGAAAGGCUCCCGUUGUUACAGACCAUGAGGUCCAGGGCUGCUUCAUUCACCCUGUGAGCCACACUCCUGCCAAGGUAGCAUGGAGCUGGACUGGCCUCUGCCAGAGGGUCAGACAGCCUCUCUGCCCUCUACCUGGGCUCUGGAAGCAGCAGGGACAGAGUCAGAAUCACAGUAGUCUUUUCAGUGGGUGAGCCCCAGGUUUUAGAGCUGAGGUUCCACUCCGAAAGCAUGUUGUGCUGUAAUCUGAGUCACUGUUUGGCAUUAGUCCCAAAAUAACAUGAUUAGAGCAUCAAUCUUGUACUCUCUGCACUUGGCAAAUGAUUCUCCCACAUCCCCAGGCUUUUUUUCCCUGUUUGCCUGUGGUUUGAACACUGCAGCACAACAUGUGGCUGCUUGUGUUUUACCCUUAACAAGUCUUUGAGGUGGACAAACUUGGGCACUUAAUGAAGAAACUGUCUCCAGCAGCAGUGGGGCUAGUGUUUCCUGAAAGAGGUUGCUCUUCUGACUCUGAGAAGCCAGCUUUGCUGCUCCAUGUUCAGAUUUCCAUUUAAAAGGAGCCUUUUCCAUAGGCAGGGGCGGAAUGCUUCCUCAGGGCAGGCAGCUGUUCCAUCCUUUUCCCCUGACCCUGUAGCAAGGGUUGCUUGUGGGUUCCUCCCUUGAGGGGUGCUGUCCUAUCCUCCUUUUUUACCCUUAGACCCUACCUAGCCUGGUCCAUGUUUCUUAUGUGAUAUUAAUUAAUGUCUGGCUUAGAUUGAAAUGUCAGGGUCAGGUACCAUGCCUAGCUAGGUUCUACAGUCACCUGGCACACUUGGACACCCUGUUUCUAUAUGGAAUUGCUGCACCUUGGACAAACUGCCAAAAUAUAAUUAUAUAAUCCCAUUAGACAGAAUGACAGUACAUAGGAAAAUGUAGCUUUUGGCUAGUAGCUUAAUUCUAAGUUAUAUUUUUCUCCCAAAGUUACUUUAAAGGAGCAAAGUUUUAGGUCAAUCAGGAGGCUUUCAAAGCCAGAAGAAUUUUAGGGUAAUCCUCAUAGGAAGCUUUUGUCUCCUCCACUCCCUGCCCCCAAACAAAAGCUAUUAUUUUGCUAGUGGUCAGUCUUCUGUGAAAUAUGUUUGUGUUUGUGUAGAAAACAGAUGAUUCAAUAAAUGUCUGUAGCAAAUCUACUGCCUGUUAUCUUCAAUUUACUAUAGCUGUAAGGGAGCCAUUGUUUCUAG